GAAGAACUCAGGUUUCAGCAACCUGAUAUACCCGACAUCAUCCAAACCGAAGAAGAUGGUCGGUUCAAUGUUAGCUCCUCUCUUUUCCCUCUCAUCUUCCCUGGUUUCGUUGCAGACGUCUUCAACGGCCUCGACUCCUAGCCGCACCCACCCGCUGCAACACUCCAGUUCUUCGUCUUCGGCUCUGCAUAAGUUGCUGCUUUGUUUUCUUGCUCUCAGCACACCAUGGACCCGAUUCCCGACACCCACGUGUCGCACAAGAUGACCGUGGACGAGGCUCGCCAGCUUCUCGGCAUGAACAAUAACGGCGUCCUCAACUGGUGUCCCAAUGCCUUCCGAGCCGGCCCCUGGGAUCCCGGCGUAGACAGCAAUCAUCCCUGGCAACACAAGGAUGUAGAAGUCUUCCUCCGUCAUCUUGGCUACGGCAGGCUGUAUCCCAUGCCCGAAAUACUCGACGACGCCAAAGCCACCGCCGAGGGAGACCGCUGGCGCCGCGAAGUCUCCGACGCCUACGUCGAAUACGGUCGAAUGUUCCGCUUCGGGAUGGAUCGCAUCCAUCACGUUCUUAGCCAGGAGCAUCUCCUGUCCGAUGACGACCACGAAGCUGUCCUGCGCGAGGCUUGGACCUCCGUUUCCCAAUCCGCCAUGUACGCAGACCUCUUCGGCAGCUGCGCUAUCUCGGAAGAUUCCGCGCAGGGCUACCGCUUCUAUCUCGAACAAUACCGCGACUGCGAGCUGGUCCGCGAUUUUGGUCCCGGCUCCAACGACAUGAAGCUGACCCUGCCUCGCACCAUCUUCGACAUGAAGCCGGCCAAGGCCAAGGUCCAAGCUGACAUCAUAGCCCCGCAACGUCUGGCCCUGCAAGUCCCCGGCAUCAACGUGAAGUCACUCUCACGCCGCGGCCUGCUCCUCAUGUUCAUGCUCAAACGCUACAACGCCACCCCCGCCUCCUUUGCCAUCCCCGACUGGGAAGCCAACCAUAUCGGCCGGUCGUCCAGGUUGAUCGUGGGCCCCUACUGCGACGCCCGCUUCAUGGCCUUCCCCAGUCAGACCAUGUCGUACGAGCAAAAGUACGGCGAACGCCUCAGAAGCGCCCUGAAAAUACCCGAUCUGAAGCCCUCCGACUGGCUCCAUUGGGCCCACGGAAAGUAUUGGCACGGCUGUGAUAUACAGAACCCCACCGCAGCGGAGGCGCUGUCUCCUGUUUUCAAGGACUUGCGCCAGCUGGGACGCAUUUUCGGCUGGGGCGAUGGCCUUUUGAUUCUCCAGUCGCAGGGUCUCAUCCUUCGCUACCUCCACGCCGUCGGCCGGUUGCUGCUGCAGAAACAGGCCGCGUCCGGUUCGUUCCCUACCGAAAGGAUUGAGCCCUUGACCGAGGAAGAGUCUAAACACGAUCCCCUCCUCAUCGGCUAUGAGCCUCCACCGGAAGACGUCUGGGACUCCGAAGACACCGGCCAACAAAAGACCCAGGAGGGUGGUCCAACAGGAGAGGACAACAAUGACGACGACGACGACGACGACCGUGAGAGACAAGAACGCACGAAACGUCAGCUGCCACACCUCUACAGCACCGACCUAGCCGCCAAGUCGAGGCUCGUCGACGACGUGCUCAGACGAUUCAUCACGCUCCUCGUAUACAGCGUGGAAAUGCCCUGCGUACUAGUGGACCUGCGGGACAUGGUGGAAAAGGAAGCAACCAAGCACGGUUUUCCAUAUGCAAAAUGGGCGGAUCCCCGUUCGACAUUCCCGAAAAGUCUCCAGGAUGCGAUUGUGCGCUUCUUAUUCCACGCUCGCUGGUUCCAGGACAUGCUGCUCACGGCGCUCCUGUACCGGGGCUUCUUCCACGGGUCGUGGUCGGUCCGGGACUACUUCGAGCGGAGCCCUUCCAACGAGGCCCUGCGCGCCAUGGUCACCGAGAGCAAGGAGAAGAGCCCGUGGGCGCUGCCCCGGGGACUCGCCCACUUUAACCGCCUGGGCCAGCUGGAUUUCCGCAUCGUCAAGGAUGCCGAGGAUCCCCUGGCCGCCGAGAUGCAUCGGAGCCUGGACAUGGUGGCCAACGGGCACCUGCAUCGCUUCAUCCACCUGCACAUCAUCGUCGAGGAGUUCAGCCAGCACUGCUCCACGCUGUCGCGCCGGGAUCUGGAGUCCAGCUACCGGUGCUACCCCGUCGCCAACAUCACCAUCUUGCUGAAGACGCUGACCCGGGCGACGCGGGAGUUCAACCUGAUCAUGCCGUUUCAGAAAGCCAUUGAUGAGAUUCGAGCGGAUCCCGUGAAGGUGCGGCGGAUGCAGGAGAGCACCGGGUUUGGCCGGUUCGUCCUCCACCACGACGACUUUCCUUUUGAGCGCCACGUCGAUCCGGCGGCUUGCCGGGACCUCAGGUGGUUGUUUGGCGUGCGCUACGCCAACGAUCCGAAGACCUUUGUUACCGUCGAGGAGGCCAAAUCUCGGAUGGGGAACUUCUGGACGGGGAUCCACAGCUGGGUGUCCGGCUUGGGCGAAAACUCGCCCCGCUACUUUGCCGCGUCGCUGGGCGAGGCGCUCAGCGGCCAGGUUCAGGAAGAAGAAACGGACGAAGAUGACGAAAAGGAAACGGACGACGGCCGGGCCCAAAGCGGCGAAAAAGACAAGCAGGCGGAAAAUGAGCAACCGGCCGAAAAAGACCAGCAAGGCCAAGGAGAGGCGGCAGAACCCAGCGGAGACGACGCCGUCCUCACCAUAACCUCGGAAGGCUGCGGUCCCAUCUCCACGCUGAAUCCUCGAUGGGUUGCGCUCGAGGAGCCCCAGGAUACGUCCUCCGGCAAGGCGGCCACGUCUCCCACGGCGGCGAGGUCAGCCAUGGAAGAAAUCCUCGACGCCAACAAGAAGUGGAUCCUCAACCGAUACCGCGACACCACUCCGGCCCCCUUCGUCCUGGAGGGCGGCGUCGAAAAAGGGUUCGGGACGCAGGCGGGCGGAGCGAAAUCCGGGACCAAGGGCUCCAAAUUCGGCACGGAAGACUGGGAGACGAUCGAGAUGACGUUCGGCGGGCGCAAGGGCCAGAUUCGCUGGCACGACUGGCUCCGGGUGACGACGGGGCUGGGGCUCGGGGUGGAGCCGAUCGGCGGGUCGGCGUUCAAGUUCAGCUGGACGGCGAGCAGCCUCAUCCCGAAGGAGAGGCUCGGGUCGACGAGCGUGGUGCUGCAUAGCCAGCAUGGCAAGGAUACGGCGGUGUCGCUGCGGCCGACGAAGGUGAAGGAGUUUGUGAAUGCGUUGGAGAGGUUUAUGCACAUUAACCUGCGCGUCAUUACGCGGUUUUAUGGGCCGAAUCCGCUGCGGCAGGUCGCGACGCAGCAGCAGGGUAGUGCAGCUGGUGGUGAUGCUGCGCAGGCGGGUCUGGCGAUGGUGUGGGACUGGGACGAUGAGGAGGAGGAGGAGGAGGAGGAGGACGAUGAGGAGGAGGAGGAGGAAUGGGAAGUGAGCGAGAGUGAGGCGUCGUCGAGUGAUCUCUCCGAGGAUGACCUGGCCGGGCAUGUCCAUGAUGAACAGGACGUCGACGCUGAAAGCGAUUCCGAAGUCGAGGUAUCUCGGCCGGCGAAGAGAAACGUCGCUUCCGAACCCGAGGGUCGCCGACCUGUGAAGAAAGUCCGGUUCUCGUAGCCGCCAGAGGAAGCUUGGACUGGAUUUGAUGACGUUGGGGAGAUGCGAGAGGCGGGUUAUUGUGCCAUUUAUAAGAUGGAUUGCAAAGAAGAUUGAUAUAGUUCCUGUUUAGAUGAGCAUCUGAUGUUUCGACGGCGUCAAUACAAUAUGAAGGUCUGUUUCCAAGCAAAUGUCCGUCCACUCAGCUUUCAUCGCAG